AAUGGGUUUUAAAGUCCAAAUUAUCGUUCUAAUUAAUUAGGUUGAAACUGGUGUGUUAUCGGCUACCGUGUUCGGUAUAUUAUCUAGAUAAAUCUAUUUAAUCUUGUUGUACAUAUACACGAUAUAUAUUCUGAAAAGAGAACAACAAUUGUGAAAUUAAUAUGAGCUACGUUUUUAGAACAAGCGGUAUUUGAAUGGUAUUGUUUAACAUUGGAGUCGUUUUAAUAGCAUGUUGGAUUGAAGUGUUGAACAGUUAGACAGAGAAAGUUAAAGAGUUGUUAAUUUCAAGCGGCUGACAUCUUGACAAUUCUAAAUAUGAACACGUAUUAAUGAAUCCAUAUUUAGCAACAGGAACAGUUCAGCUGACACCAGGCACGGAGAACGAGUUUUAGAGGACGAGCGGGGUCUUUGUCAAGAGUGCCAGAGGCUCUCAGUCACAGUGCUAACCUCCCCCAAGGCUGAGAGAGACCAGGUCGAGCGUAGCUUAUACUCCGACGGUCAGUUACAGAUCAGUUUCAACGCUCGUAUAUUUAUUAUAAAUCCACUCAAUAAACUUGUAUCUGUCAGUGCCUUUGUUGGGAUUCUGCCCCCACAUUUUGGAGCUGCCAGUGUAACAAAUGGAGCCCCCAGUGAGGAUUGUCAAGUGACAGGAGUGGACCAGCGGAGCAUUUGAACAGAUGUUCGUUUUGAUACUUAAAAAGGUACCAAAACAUUAAGUGAUCACAUUAAUACAUAAUAAAUAUUGCGCAUUGUGCCGGCAUACAACAUAGAACUUCAGGAGGACUACACCCAGUGACACACAUCAGGAUUGAGGAACUGUAUUUUGAACAGUAAAGUACUGUGUGGUGGAAAAAAAAAAUCUAUUGUGUAUGGUGCAGUCACAGUGCUAACCUCCCCCAAGGCUGAGAGAGACCAGGUCGAGAGUAGCUUAUACACCGACGGUCAGUUACAGAUCAGUUUCAACGCUCGUAUAUUUAUUAUAAAUCCACUCAAUAAACUUGUAUCUGUCAGUGCCUUUGUUGGGAUUCUGCCCCCACAUUUUGGAGCUGCCAGUGUUACAGUAGUGUGUUGGAAUGUAAACUUUUUUUUAAUUCUAUGACGAAAACAGAAGCUCUGACUGUAUUCUUCUGGCAACAUGUACAUGAUCUAUGAAAUAUAUGUUAUACUAUGGACUAUGAGAACGUUAAUGACCUAUUUAACCCAUUUAUGCCUAGUGGACUCUCCCAUCCUUCUAAAUUGGAUCAAUUUAUUUCCAAAAUUAGGGAUGUCUAGUAUAUUUAUUUCUAUAUUUAGAAUAUUACUUACUGAAAUUCCUUUAAAAAAACAGCGGAGACCAUGAUGAGACGCCGCAUCAUGCGGCGUCUCAUCUGGGUCUACGCUGUUUGCAACGUCCUUUUUUCUAGACGCUAGGCAUAAAUGGGUUAAUGUUUAAAACUUUACGACAUAUCAUACAAGAAUGUCAAAAUAACAUCAUACAUAAAUAAGGGUGUGUGAAAUACAGUUAUUUCUUUCUUUGAAGAUGGCUGGAAACAAGCGCAGCAAACAGAAACAUACAACAAGGAAAACUAGGAAAGCUUGUACAACAGCCCAUAAUGUGGCAGGUCAUUCGACAGAUGAUAAAGAAUUCUCAGAGAGGCUUUCACGUGUUCUUGAUAACCAAGCCGUCAAUGAACAGUUAAUACAUUUUAGAAGGAAAAGAAUGUUAUCGUGUGAACGUGAACUGACACUGGCACAACAAGUAUUUGCGCAGAACAGAAGAGUAUAUAUAUUCGGAAGUCAAAUCGAGGGCACUACAACAAUGGAAAUGAUGUCUGACACAGACUGCUUAUUUCGUUGUGAUAUGUUUCGUGUGUUUCUUGAUUCAGAAAAUCACCCUUUUCAGCUGCAUGAUCACCAAGUUGUAAUUAAGUUGAGCACAAAUAGUUAUGCUCCGCAAUACUGUAUUUUAACAAUGAUUGAACAAUCAAUACAAACAAGGCAUUUUAAGAAAUUAGAUCCUAAUCGGGGUCAUGUUGAUAUCGUAAAUUUUUUUUUGAAAGAUAAGACAACAACUGACGGCAUGAUUCCACAUACAAUUAUGUUUGAUAACCUAGACCAAGUAAAACAUGAUAAAGUAACAAGACACGGGCCCGCAUCAAGUAUAUGGGAUACGGACAGUGUUAACGCCUGUUACUGUAAAAGUCUUCCAAAGCAAUGCAAGUUCGUUUUUGAAAGGCCUCGCCCCGGUCACUGGCCUUCGGAGAAGACGUUGAUAAAGGCCAAGAAAUAUGGCGUCUUUAUAGUUCCACAGGGACCCCCUAAAAGUACGAACAUAUGUACGAACGAUUAUUUUGAUUAUCAAUGGCGAAUUUCCACAAAUCUAACAGAGCGGCUAUUUAUGUUCAGUUUAGAUACAGUACGUUUGAAAGCAUUUGUUCUUACAAAGAUGAUAAGAAAAGAGUUGUUUGUUCCAGAAUAUCGAGACGGGCUGAGUACAUUUCAUUUUAAAACAGCCUUCUUCUUUGCGGUCGAGAACACCCGGCCAGAUUUAUGGAGGGAGGACAAUCUCAUCAAUUGUGUCAAGUACAUUCUUGCAACGUUGAAGCGCUUUUUAAUACGGCGCAACUGUCCACACUUUACCAUAGAGAAUGUUAACUUGUUUGAUGGGAAAAUCGAAAGACACAAGUUUCAGAAAUUGGUGGAUAUUAUUACAGAUGUUAUAAAUUCACUGCGAGCAAAAAUCGAACAUAUAAAAAUGGACAACAUUGGAAAAACGCUUACUGAGCUUGGAACGAGACAAAAUGAACACAGCAGAUAUUGCACGAUUCGUUCGGCACAUUUUUAUUACGUACUUAAUAUUUUUGGGGAAAGUCCGGAAACUUUUUAUGGAGAUGGAUUUUUAGAUAUAUCCGUCGAUGACAGAAAAGCUUUGUUUGCAACUGAAAUUUCACGAUUAGAAAUGUAUUAUCGCGCCCCAUUGAGAAAAUACAGAAAAUAUGCCUAUGUAUUGCAUUACUUCAUGUCAAUGAUGGCUAGUUUGUUUGGUUCGGCGUUUUUAGAACAGAAAGAAGAAGGACAUGCAUAUUUUUACGAUGGCAUCAAUAAAGCUAGAACAUUGUUUAUUCAGUCUUUGGAGUCUGAUAUCAUUGGCAACUACAUGCGAUACGCUUCCUUCCUUUUCUGCAAUGGAGAAUACGAUGAAGCAUGUAAAUAUUUUGACUUGAUAGAACAACAGAUUUACGAGGACAAAAACAAAUGUAAUCUCAUUUACCAGUUAUUCGUGUCUCCAUCGGAGUUAUUAGCAUUGCAGAUAGCAAAGCAGUCAUGUGAACAGUCUUUCAAACAAAGAAGGUCUGUCUUUUUGGUAUUGAGACAAGCAGAGGCGAUGUGUGUGCCUGAAUUCCUUCGAUGCGAAAUGUAUCGAAAGCGUUUUGGAACUCCCGCUUCAUCUGGUCUGUCUCAAGUUCAUAGCAAUGAUGACUGCAUUUGUGUGCAAAUCAAACCCUAUCUCUACUAUCUACAGUACCUGACAUAUAAAGAACUUCAGCAAGAACCUUACAAAUCGAAAGCUUUGAUGAAAUUAUCGAUGUACACUAAUUUCAUUACAUCCACAAGAUUGAGCUCAUCUAAGGGCGGUAAUAUCUUCUUAAGCCACUUUGAUACCUCUUUGAACAUGCUAGGGCACUGCUUGGAACUGGAACAGAAGUUGGAAUCGGCCUGGAAGACUUACGUCAUUUCUUUAAAAAUGCUACCUGAAAGAAAUGCGGCUGUCCUGCAUAUAAUUCGACUUCUGUGGCAAGUUGUUCAAAGUUUGCGCACUUAGGGGCAUUUAAACUACAUUCUCGAAGUGACAGAGUGAAAAUAUUCUCUGUUGUUACUGGCAUGUGAUUCAAACAAGAGUUAACACUGGAGGUGAUUAACCCAUUUACGCCAAGUGGACUCUCCCAUCCUUCUACAUUCGAUCAAUUUAUUUCAAAAAUUAGGGAUGUCUAGUACAUUCAUUUCUAUAUUUAGAAUAUUUCUUACAUAAAUUCCUUUAAGCAAACCGCGCAAAACCUGAUGAGACGCCGCAUUAUGCGGCGUCACAUCAGGGACUACGCGGUUUUCCAAUGCCUUUUUUCUAGACGCUAGGCAUAAAUGGGUUAAUAUCGCAACACACCGCGUUAUUGAUGCUUAGUUACUACAAUCAUUGCUGUUAUUUUUCACUUUCGUCCUCUAAAUAUUAUCCAACAUUGUUUCAAUAGCUGCAUACUUUGUUUAAUGAGGUUUAAUAAGCAUAUGAAGAUGAAGAAUCCUGUCAGUCAAUUUCAAAGUUUAAAAAUUGUCAUUUGGGGGAGGGGCGGAAGAUUGUACCAUGUUAUGUACGAAACAAAAUGAAUGUCAUGUCGAUUAAAUACACUGUAAAUUGCUAAUAAAUUGUGAUUUGGUUAUAA